AUGGCUAAAAUUAUACUGCACGAUUAUCCAGACAGUUUGAUUGGUAGUGUCAUAGGAAAGCAUGGCAAUGUGAUAAAUGCUAUCAGGCAUCAGACAAGUGCCAAAGUCAAGGUUGUUGACCCGUACCCCGGUGCAGACAAAAGGGUUAUCUUGGUAUAUUGCUACGUCAAGCAUAGAGACAUUGAUGCGGAGGGUGAUGACAAUGAGCCUGUUUGUGCAGCUCAAGAUGCAUUACUUAGGGUGCAUAAUGCAAUUGUUGAUGCACUGCAGACAUUACAUAAGAAUCAUAAAGACUCUGAUAAGAAGAGCACAGAGGAAGCUAACAUUCUUGUGCCAGCUAGUCAGGCAUCAAAUGUUAUAGGAAAAUCUGGUGUUGUCAUCAAGCAUCUUCGGUCAACAUCAAGAGCAUUCAUUAAAGUGAGCCCAAAAGAUCCAAGUGACCCUACACAUUCAUGUGCUAUGAGUUUUGAUAAUUUUGUUCAGAUAACUGGUGGUGCUGAAGCUGUUAAAAAAGCACUGUUUGGAGUAUCAACCAUCAUUUACAAGCACCCAUCAAAAGAGAACAUUCCUCUUGAAACUUCAAUUCCUGAUCCUACUCCAAGCAUUAUAAUCCCUUCAGAACUUCCUGUCUAUCCAGCUAGUAACUUUUACUCGGCCCAGAUGCUGCUAUACCUUCUGUACAUCCAAGCCUGUAUGUCUUAGGGUCAACACGUCAUGUUCCCGAACUUGUUGUACCUGCUGAUGAUCAUGGUCGUCUGCCUAUUUAUCAAUCUAUUCUUCCAGUUAUUCCUACUUAUAGUGCCCCAAAAUGUUCAGGAGAACUUG